AUGCCGGUUGUGCCAUGUCAUGAACGUUACCUUGGCCUUCCAACUGUUUCUGGUAAGGACAAGAAAAAGUUAUUUCAAUCCUUACUAGAUAGAGUUUGGAAUCGGGUGCAUGGCUGGGAAGGGAAGCUGCUAUCUAAGGCUGGGAAAGAGGUACUUAUUAAAACUGUGGCACAAGCAAUUCCUAAUUACACGAUGAGUGUAUUUCAGUUGCCGGCAGGGACUAGUGAUGCGAUUAAUAAAUGUGUAGCAAGAUUUUGGUGGGGGAAGGAAGGUGGUAAGGGUAUACAUUGGCGGCGGUGGAGUGAUCUAUGUUUCAGCAAAAAGGAUGGUGGUUUGGGAUUUAGAGAUUUAUCUCUAUUUAAUCAGGCUCUAUUAGGGAAGCAGGGAUGGAGGUUAAUGAUGUAUCCUGAUUCUUUGGUUGCUCGUAUGUUGAAAGCAAAGUAUUUUCCGUGGGAUGAUUUUAUGGAGGCUGAGCUUGGAUCAAGUCCAUCUUAUUUAUGGAGAUCCUUUUUAUGGGGUAGAGAGUUGCUUCGGAAGGGGGUUAGAUGGAGAAUAGGAGAUGGGAAGGAAGUUAGAGUGUUUAUUGAUCCAUGA